AUGCGCAUACCUGCUUCCAUGAAGACGAAUUUGCAACGCGUUCAAGUCGAGCAACGACAGAAGGGUAAGCCACUUGACACUAGCACUUCUUUCCUAUGUCUGCUCUUCAUUUCUUCCAUAUGUCUGUUUAGCAUUCCAGCAGCCGUUGUUUACGGCUGCUUUUUUCGAUCAUCUAGCAUGAAUCGGCCAUAUUCUAUUUUCUUGGCUGCGGCAGUCCUCUCUGUUCUGCUUACCAUUUUCUUCUUUACUUCUGAAUCACAUUUUCUUUGGAGAGAACAUGUGCCGUCUUGGAAAGGCAAUCCAUCUCGUAUCAACAUCAAUACCAGCAAAAACAGGCCCGUCGAGUCAUUGAAAGAUGUCGUCGAGCCUCCGAUCACGACGACGACAACAACGCUGCAUGCUCCACCUGCAACCACCCUAACUGGCACUCCAACCCACGAAACGGGAAUCAAGGAAACUGUCACAGACCAGGCACCGAAUCCUAUCAAUGCUAUUGCAGAUCAAACACUCACAGCAUCCGACAAUUUGGCAGACCAGGCACCGGAACUUGACAGCACCAAUACAGAUCAACCAUCAAAGUCCAAUGAGGUUGCCGAAGAGCAAAUACCCCAAGCCGCUCUCGUCAUAGCAACGGUGCGCAAAACGAACAACUCCUGGCUCGACAAAGAACUGAACGGCCUACUUGGACCCGGCGGGCGCUUCAUGCCUUACAUAUACCUCAACGAUGACCCAACCGCACCCCUCCACACGCCCAAAAACCGAGGCCACGAAGCCAUGGUCUAUCUCAGCUACAUCAUCGACAACUACGAUUCUCUGCUGCCCAUCAACAUCUUCAUUCACGGCCAUCGCACAGCCUGGCACAACAAUCUUAUGCUAGGCUACAGCACUUCCCAAAUGCUCCAACGUCUCCAAUUCGACAAAGUUCAAAAGGACGGAUAUUUUAAUCUCCGCUGCCAUUUCAAUCCAGGCUGUCCAGAACAUCUAUACCCUUUCACGGACGAAUACAACGCAGACAAAGCCGAAGAACUUCUGAUCAGGGACGCAUGGCAAGAAGUCUUCGAAGUGCCCGAGUGGCAAGUCCCGAGAGUGCUUGCGCAGCCUUGCUGUGCGCAGUUCGCCGUAACAGCUGAACGGAUUCGAUUCGUGCCUCGAGAAAAGUAUGUCCAUUUCAGAGAUUGGCUCACGUAUACGCCGAUGUCGGAUUACAUGACUGGGAGAGUUUUCGAAUAUUUCUGGCAAUACAUUUUCGACGGCUCACCCGUGUGGUGUCCCGAUCCGAGGGUAUGCUACUGUGAGGGUUAUGGAGUCUGUUACGAAGAUCCGCAAGAUUAUGAUGAGUGGAUGCAUUUGAAUCACAAAUGGGGAAGGCUGGAGAAGAGGUUGAAUAACUGGAAGAAGAAGCUAAGAGAGGGGCAACUGGAGAAGAGGGAGAUCGAGGGAGGAUAUUUUGUGGAAGAAGCGGAAGCCGCUGGGAAGUUUUCUUUUGGCAGAAUGGGGAGACGAGAGCUGGAGGAACAAGCUGAGCAGUGGAUUCGGUCAGGAUCCGAUGGAGUUGCGAGGAGAAAAGCGAGAAGAGAUGCGGCUCCUGUGGUACCUGCUGAUCAGGGAGAAUGGCUACUGCAAGAGAUGGAUAAAAUCGAGGAUGAACUCGGGAGACGAAUACAGCAGGCUCUGGAGUGUGGAGCGAAACCAGCUUGCAAAGCUGCGGCUUUGAAGGCUACGGAGUGGCUGAUAAACCCGCUCUCAGAAGAUCCUGGCAGAGCGCAGAAGAGGAAGCGAUCAAUAUAA